UUUUUGUGGAAAAAUUAUGGUGUUCAAAUUCGGUAAAUUUGCUAAGCCUAAUUUUUCAUAAUUCAUUAUGCCAGACUAAACGCGGGACUAGCAAAGUAGCAUUGGGGAAAUGCAACUGUUUUGACAUGUGUAGAAUUUCUGUCUCCAGUUCCUUAGACCUUAGUUACAAACUGUAAGGGUGAUGACAAACUGUUAAGCUACAAAAUGCCAAAGGCAGCAAAGGUACAAGCUAAAAUUGUGUAUCCGUCUGGGGUGAAAGAAGUUUCUGAUGAUCUUAGUACUGAUGACCUAGUCAGGAGGUUAAAGGAGUGUGCCCAGGCAUUCCAGAAUAUCAGCCAAGAUGAUGACAACACAGUGUACAUCCCCUUAGCACUCCACUUAGCUACUGAUGGGUUUCUGCAACAUCCCAGUCGUGAUGUGAGACUGCUUAUUGCAUGUUGUGUUGCAGAUGUCUUCAGAGUGUUUGCACCUGAGGCUCCUUAUAAAGAUCCUAGUCAGUUGAAGACUAUUUUUGAAUUCUUCAUUCAGCAGCUAAGAGGUCUAGAAGAUCCCAAAGACCCAACAUUCAAAAGAUACUUUUAUUUGUUAGAGAACCUGGCUUGGGUGAAGACCUUCAACAUUUGUAUUGAGUUAGAAGAAAACCAAGCAAUUUUCUGCAAGCUUUUUGCACUUAUGUUCAACAUUGUCAAUGACAACCAUUCAAAUAAAGUGAAAAACUUCAUGUUAGACAUGAUGUGUCCUCUCAUCAGUGAAGCCGACUCCGUGUCUCAGGAACUCUUGGACAUUAUAUUGAUACAGAUAAUCGAGCCAAGAAAGUCUCAGAAUAAGAAUGCAUAUAGUCUAGCACAGGAUAUAUUGAAGAGGACAUCAAGUACAAUAGAACCUUACAUUCAAGCAUUCUUUAACAAUGCCUUAAUCCUUGGGAAAACGUCUCACAGUGAAGUAGCACAUCAUCUGUAUAGUUUGAUCUAUGAACUGAAUGCUAUCUGUCCAACAAUGUUAAUAGCAGUUUUGCCACAACUAGAGUUCAAGCUCAAGAGUAAUGAGGAGAAAGAGAGAUUAGAAGUGACGAAACUUUUGGCCCGGAUGUUUUCUGACAAAGAUUCAGAUUUGGCAGCAACAAACAAACCCUUGUGGAACUGUUUUUUAGGGAGGUUCAAUGAUAUCAGUGUACAAGUGAGAAUGAGAUGUGUUCAAUAUUCCAUGCAUUUUCUUAUCAAUCAUCCUGAACUCAAACAAGAUAUCACAGAACAACUACGACAAAGACAGCAUGACCCUGAAGAACAUGUGAGGUACGAGGUAGUGAUGGCCAUUAUCAGUGCUGCAAAGAAAGAGUUUAACACUGUUUCAGAAGAACUUUUGAACUUUGUUAAAGAAAGGACCUUAGAUAAAAAGUUUAAAAUUAGGAAAGAAGCAUUACAGGGACUAGCCAUGGUGUAUAAGCAGAACAUGAGUAGCCCAGACUUACCCCAGUCAACAUUAGACUGCAUAUCAUGGAUAAAAAAUAAGGUUCUUCAUGUAUAUUAUCAAACAGCAUUGGAAGACAGACUUUUGGUAGAAAAGAUUCUACAUACCUGUUUGGUGCCUUACCAGCUACCCUUAGAAGAAAGAAUGAAGAAAUUGUACCAACUUUUUGCUACUGUGGACGACUAUGCAGUCAAAGCCUUCAAAGAAUUGCUGAAAUGCCAGAACAUAGUACGCAAUCAAGUACGGGCACUCAUGGAAGAAAUUCAAAUGAUGAAGUCAGAAGAAAGAGACAAGAUGCUUGUUAAUAGGAUUGUUGCCCUGUCUAAAAAUUUGUUGGACCCUGUGAAGUCCCAAGAGUUUAUCAGCAAGUUUUGUACAUUGUUAGAGAACAAUCAAAGGUUAAGAGAGCACAUGGAUGUGAUUCUUAGUGGGACAGCAUCUUGUUCAGAAGCUGAACAUAGUGUGAAAGAAGUCAUGAAGUCAUUAGGAUUCCCUGUCCAGACAAAUACCUUUUACAUGACUAUAAAGCAGUUGUUAGAGCGAGUUGCACCAGUCAUGAUUGAUCAUCAGGGAGUGAAGCAGUUGAUUAUGUAUGUGCAGGAUACCAUUCUAGGGGUGGGGAACAUUGAUGCUCAGCUAGGUCUGGUAAAUUCUGGACACCGUGGACUUCAGCUACUUCAUACCUUAACUUAUGUCUUCCCUGGAGCAUUUUACAGUGAUGAGGUUAGCAAUGAAUUGAUAAAUUUUUUGACGAUAGAGGAUGAAGUAGCUACUGAUAUUACCCUUCAGAUAUUAAUUAACAUUGGACCUGAAAUUGAAGCUAAUCAUCCAAACAUUGCCACGCGUGUUCUACCCAUUAUUCAGAAUUUUGUAGAAAAUGGAACAGUAAAACAAGCCAAACAUGCAGUAGCCUGCAUAAAGGUUAUUGCAUCCAAUAAAGAAAGAGUGUUUGGGCAAAUUCUUGAUCACUUGAAACAGAAUCUGACCCUGCAGUCUCAUUACUUCAGGACUUCUGUUGUUUCAAUUGGUCACAUAGCAUACCACUGUCCUGACCUGUUUGGAUUACAGAUCAAGAGCAUUGUGUCUAAAGUAGUAGUUAAAGAACUAUUAAUGGUUGAUCAGGACAUUCCUCGGGUAACAGAAGCCAUGUGGGGACCGUUUGAUGACCUUCCAGAGGAGACGAAAGUCAAGAUUGAAGGAAUGAAAAUGAUGGUUCGUUGGCUUGUGGGACUAAAAACAGCUCAACAGUCAGCUAGUUCAACGCUUAGGCUUCUCAGUACAGUUGUUCUGCACCAGGGAGAUUUAAUGGAGAAAAACUUUGUUUC